AUGAGUGGUGUUCAACAUCAUAGAGCCACUUUAAAGAAGAAUCAUAAAUCUUUUAAAUCGAGACAUUCUACAAAGGGGCAAAUCAAGACAGUUCAGAAAGGUUCACAGGGACUUUCUAAAGUUGUUACUAUUGUUCCUCUUUCUUCAAGUAUCGAUGCGAAAUCAGUUGUAACUUCUAUUAUUGGUUCUGUUGAUCAACAAGCAGAAGUCAAUAGUCCUGGAAUAACAUCAGUUUAUUUGGAUCGUUUCAAGCAAAAUCUUACAUUUGUAAUACCUCCAGCGAGCUUUUUGGCUAUUAUUGACUCUGCUAAAGUUGCUGAUUUUGUUGUUUUUGCUCUCUCUGCUACUGAGGAAGUCGAUAAGUUUGGCGAACUUUGCAUUCGUACAAUCGAAUCUCAAGGAGUUUCAUCUGUAUUUUCGGUUAUAAGCAACUUAAACGAUGUUGAUACUAUCAAAAAGCAAACCGAAGUCAAAUCCUCCCUUUCAAGUUAUUUUUCUCACUUUUUCCCUAGUAGUGACAAGCCUUUUACAAUAAGCAAUUCAGCAGAAUCUUUGAAUUUAUGCCGAUCAUUGUGUCAAAAAUACCCCAAGGGAAUAAACUGGAGAGAUGAAAGGCCUUAUAUUUUAGCCGAUAAGUUUUAUUGGCAAGAUGAUUCAAAUUCUGAAAAUGGUGGCUAUCUUGCGGUUGAGGGUGUUGUUCGUGGAAAGGGCAUCGAUCCUAACCGAUUGAUCCAUAUCCCAGAUUUUGGAGAUUUUCAAGUUGCUAAAAUAGCUAAGAGACAGUUUCAAAGACAUUCUGUUCUAAAGGAAGACAUAUCUAACGAGUCUGAAUUCCCUGACAGUUCACAGGACGAUGUUGAUCCAUUCAUUAACAUAGAUGCCGACAUGAUGAGCGACGAAGAAGAAUAUGAUAUGACGGCUGAACCGUCAAUUGAACAAGGUGUUAGACUAGAUGAUCACCUUUAUUUCCGUGAUGAAUACAAAGAAGAUUUGGAUCAGAAAUUAAAAUCUCGAAAGAUUCCAAAGGGAAUGUCAAGUUACCAGGCUCGUUGGAUUUUAGAUGAUGAUGAAUUUUCGGACGAAGACAUUAGCGACAACGAAGAGAUGGAAGAUGAAAAUGGAGAGGGAGAUUUUGGAAUAAGCAAGCCUGUUGCAUCUGAAUAUGAGCCUACUGACGCAGGAGAAAUUGAGAUGGAUAAUUUUGUUGAUCUUGCCGCAGAUGAAGAAGAGUUACAAUUAAAAGAAUUCAGACAACGGGCCCGCGACAAUCUUGAUUUUCCUGAUGAGAUUGAGCUUUCACCUACUGUGAGUGCGAAGGACCGUAUGAUUAGAUACAGAGGAUUAAAAAAUCUUCGAAGCUGUACCUGGGACGCAGAUGAAAAAGAUUCUAGAGCACCUGAGGAAUGGAAGCGUUUACUUCGCGUUGCCAAUUACAAGGGAACCCGAACCCGAGUUUUAAAGGAAUCCUUGCAAAAUGCCCGCAUUGAUGUUGGUACCCCAGUCACAAUAUUCAUCAAAUGUGAUAGAAAUCUUGUGGAAUUAUUGGGCCAAGCACCACUCAUCUUAUAUGGACUUUUACAAUACGAAAACAAGAUGGUUGUUCUUAAUUUCGCUAUCCAGCAAAGUACGGAAUACGAGGAACCCAUUGCUGCAAAGGAAACUCUUAUCAUUCAAUGCGGACCUCGAAGAUAUACUGCGAACCCCAUUUUUUCACAGGCUGGAAAGUCCUCGAACAACGUUUAUAAGUACCAGCGAUUUAUAUACCCUGGCGAAUCUGCUACUGCUACAGUUAUUGCACCUAUUAUGUUUGGCAAUGUUCCCACACUUUUUUUCAAGAAGGUAGACCAAGAGCUUAGAUUAGCUGCAACUGGAUCUAUAUUUAACGCUGACCAUUCCCGUAUUUUGGCUAAAAGGUCUGUAUUAACUGGACAUCCGUUUAAGAUUCAUAAGCGUGUUGUCACCAUUCGAUACAUGUUUUUUAAUCGUGAUGACAUUAUGUGGUUUAAGGCUGUUCCAUUAUUUACACGUAUGGGAAAUUCUGGUUAUAUUAAGGAGCCUCUUGGUACUCAUGGGUAUUUUAAAGCAACUUUUGAUCGGAAAAUUCACGCCCAAGAUACUGUUGCGAUGGCUUUGUAUAAACGUGUUUGGCCUCGUGUCGCAACAUUAUGGGAUGGUAAUAUUUAA